AUGAUUAUCGCUCAAAUUCACCAGACCCAGACAACAUGCUGGGACCACCCCAAGAUGGCAGAGCUCUACCAGUCUCUGGCCGACCUCAACAACGUUCGCUUCUCGGCAUACCGCACGGCCAUGAAACUCCGGAGGCUCCAAAAAGCCCUCUGCUACCGCGUCUUCAGUCAGACCGCGUCUUCAGUCAGACCGCGUCUUCAGUCAGACCGCGUCUUCAGUCAGACCGACCGCGUCUUCAGUCAGACCGACCGCGUCUUCAGUCAGACCGACCGCGUCUUCAGUCAGACCGCGUCUUCAGUCAGACCGCGUCUUCAGUCAGACCGCGUCUUCAGUCAGACCACUGACCUGAUCCGUCGAUGCCGGCUCUUCCCGUCAUUGUGA